AGGACACAGUCCCGAAGAAGAAACUCUGCAGCUUCUCGGUCCGGCAUUCUUCGCCGUGCUACUGCAGCCUGGACGAACGACCAAGGGAGCACCCACAGAGCAAGCUCAAGCUUCGUCAUGCCCAAGUCAACCGUACUGCGGUUCCCCAUUACCGCUCGUGAAGACGAGUUCUUCCUGCUCGAGGUCUCUCCGCAUGGGUCCAAGCCACUUGAUCUGAAACUACUAGGCACGGAGGGUGAAGGGGUCUACCUCACCAGACUUCGCCAUCGGAGGAUAGCAGAGUACAAAUCUGCCACAGGACAUUGUACCGACGCAGAGUGGGAGAACAUACUUACUGCCACCCUCAUCGAGCGCAAGUCCAUUGCCGAUAUUGAGAUCCGGGCAGAUGUUCUCGAAGAUGGUGCAGCUAUUGGUCUGUCCUUCCGCAAGAACAUUCAGGGCAUAAAACAACGACUAGGAUCACUCAAGCUGCCUGCGCGUCCAGAGAAUGACUCCGACGUGAGCAACGAGAUCUCGCCGUUCCACUGGUGUGUCUCGAUCUUAGGCGAGCAGGCAGAGUUGCAAGAAAGGGCGGCUACCUCAUCUGCCAAGAUCGAGUCUUGGGAGCACGUGGUGGACGAGCUUAAGGACCAGCUGCAGGAGUUGAUUAAAGCGAAGGAGGACGACGAGACACAGCUGCUCGAGAAAUUUCGGGACCUCCUGAAUGAGAAGAAAGUGAAGAUACGGCAGCAGCAACGCCUGCUUGCAACAGCCAACUUAAAUGUGGAGGCUCUAGCCGAGGUCGAGCAGAGCGGAAGGAGGAAACCAGGAAUUUCUCGAUCAUCCAAAAGGAAAGGAAGUACCGAAGCUGGUGUCAACAGCGAUGAUGAGCCGGAUCACGAUGCAGAUCUCAUGGAGAUCGAUGACAAAGGCAGUCCUCAGCUAGACCCGGAACCUGACGAGCGCGUAACAACGGAUGACGAAACUGAGGACGAGGCCACGACGCAAAGCGAGGAGGAGCGAAAUCAGAAGAAACCCAAUGUGCCCAAGGAGAAGCAUCGGAGCGGUCGAACGGCAACACGCACGAAGUCAUCUGCUGUGGCUUCAGAACAAAAUACCGCGCCGGAGGCCAGCAGCACCCGCCAAGUCAAGGCAGAGCCACUAUCACAACAAGCAGAUGAUGCGCCACCCGCGAAGAGGGAAUUGCCAUUCAUGCGUAACAAGAAGAAGGCUGCACUGCCGCCAAAGCCUGCGGCAGAGGUUGAUGAUGAUGAGACAGGUUCUGAAGACGAACUAUGAACGCUGCGCAUGCUACCACACAUAUCUGCCAUGCGAUGACAGCCCAACUUGACAGGGUCACAGUGCUCAAAACUCCGAUAACCGGGAAUCGAUACUUGGUCUCAGCAGCAAUGGAAAUUCGGCGAUACGUCCAUAUGUCAUGGCCCAGAUAUUAUCCUCUGGGAGACAUCCAAGUCUCUAGCUACUAACGCCUCUCA